AUGCUGGAGAAUGGAUCUCUGAGGAACUGCUGCGACCCGGGCGGGAGGGGUCACUUCGGCUCGGCGGAGCGGGAGGCGGCGGCUGGAGGCGCCCCGCGGCCCGCCUGGGUGGUGACGGCUCUCUCCAGCGUGCUGAUCUUCACCACCGUGGUGGAUAUUUUAGGCAACCUGCUGGUCAUCGUGUCCGUCUUCAAGAACCGCAAGCUCAGGAACUCAGGUAAUGCAUUUGUGGUGAGCCUGGCUUUGGCUGAUCUUGUGGUGGCCUUGUAUCCAUACCCACUGGUGCUCUUAGCUAUUUUCCACAAUGGAUGGACUUUGGGUGAAAUGCACUGUAAAGUCAGUGGCUUUGUGAUGGGACUAAGUGUAAUAGGCUCUAUUUUCAACAUCACUGCAAUUGCAAUUAAUCGAUAUUGCUAUAUAUGUCAUAGCUUUGCCUAUGACAAAGUGUAUAGCUGUUGGAACACAAUGCUCUAUGUCUCCUUAAUCUGGGUAUUAACAGUAAUUGCAACUGUGCCCAAUUUUUUUGUCGGCUCCUUGAAGUAUGAUCCACGCAUCUAUUCAUGCACAUUUGUUCAGACUGCAAGCUCCUACUAUACAAUUGCAGUUGUGGUAAUUCAUUUCAUUGUCCCUAUCACUGUCGUGAGCUUCUGCUACCUUCGAAUUUGGGUCUUAGUGCUUCAAGUUAGAAGACGAGUCAAGUCAGAAACAAAGCCAAGACUGAAACCAAGUGACUUCAGAAACUUUCUUACCAUGUUUGUGGUUUUUGUGAUUUUUGCCUUUUGCUGGGCGCCUCUAAACUUCAUAGGACUGGCUGUAGCCAUCAAUCCUUCAGAAAUGGCACCAAAAGUUCCUGAAUGGUUAUUCAUUGUAAGCUACUUCAUGGCCUAUUUCAACAGCUGCCUUAAUGCAAUAAUAUAUGGACUUCUUAACCAGAAUUUUCGGAAUGAAUACAAACGUAUUUUAAUGUCACUGUGGAUGCCAAGGCUUUUCUUCCAGGACACAUCCAAAGGAGGAACUGAUGGACAGAAAAGCAAGCCCUCUCCUGCUUUAAACAACAAUGACCAAAUAAAAACUGAUACCUUGUAA